AUGUCACCACACGAUAUAAUUGAAGAUAAACAUAAAUCAUUUAUUCAUGCAUCACCUAUUGAAUCAACUUAUCCAACUCCGAAAAAUGUACCUAUUAUAUCAACAGCAGAAAUUUUCAAAAAAUCUGAUCCUAAUGCAAAUUUUAUAACGCCAACUAAACCCAGUAGAAGUGCUGGAUCAAAUGAAGAUUCUAUGAGAGAAAAUGAUAUGGAACAUGCGAAUGAACAUGUGAAUGGGAAUGCAAAUAUCAAUGGACAUGUGAAUGGAAAUGCACGUCAAGUGUCUGAUACUUCUGAUAGAUUGAGUUUAAAAAACGAUCGAGCACCAAGUACUGCUCCAACAACUCCUAAAUUGAAUUCUAUUGGUCAAAAUAAGGAGAACCUUGAUUUUUUCCACGAUUAUGUAAAAGAAAUAUCAUCAUUGAAAGCACAAAAUGAAGUUUGGAAAACUAAAUUUGACAAUUUGAAUGAAUGUUAUCAACAAGAAUUACAACAACGUGAAAAACAACAUAUUGAAUAUGAUAAAUUGAAAGAAAUGUAUAGAAAAGAAAUUGAGGAGAAAAAUCAACUUAAAAAAGAAAUACAAUUAAUGAAUACAAGAAUACAAAUAUUGGAAUAUGGAGAAGAAAAUUUGAAAUUGUUAGUAGAUAAAUAUAAGGAUAUUGCUACACAAUUAAAAGAGAAUAAUAAUCAAUCACCUUCAAAAAUGCAACGAUCACCAUCACCAGUUGAUAAACAAGACUCUAAACACGCAGAACAUCCUGUAAGUGAUUUGAUUUCAUUUGAUAAUUUGGAAGAAGUUAAAACAAGCACUUUGCCCAAGAAAAUCAACCAUGCCGUACAAACUGAACUUAGGAAUUUUAAUAUAACUGCGCCGGUAUCAAAACCAAGCUGUACGUGUAAUUCUAAUAAAGCAACUCAAACUUUGAAUACUUCUUCAACGAAAAUAAAUAAAGCUAUACAAACAAUUCAAAUACAAGAAAAGACACCACAACAACCAUCUGAACAGAUUUCCAAACCAGAAUUUGCAUCACAAACAGAAAAUAAAUCAACACCUGAACCAACACCAAUUCAAGUAGCAACAACAUCAUUAUCAUUACCACCUUCACAACCAGCCACAGCUUCUACCGCUAAUAAUAAACCAUUUAAUAAAGAAACUCAUGAAUCAUCACCAGUAUCAGUUUUCCCCGAAUUUUCAUUAGCAUCAUAUAAUAGCAAAUUUCAUAAUUAUUAUAAACAAUUACAUCUUGAUCAAAUUGAUGAAUUGAAUAAACGUGAUUUACAAUAUUUAAUUAAAACAACAAUGUGUCAAUUCAUGAUUGAUUAUUAUAAUAUUGAUGCAUCAUUAAUUAGAUAUGCGAGAUUUUUAUCUAUAGUGUAUCAAUUUUUGAAUGAUUUACAUUUGAUUAUUUAUCCUGGACAAAUUUUAAAGAGUUCAGAUUACUAUCGUGGAAGAGUUUAUCGUGAUGGUAAAAUUGAUGAAGAAAUGAUUGGAUUAAAAGAAUGUCUUAAUGGUAUUCAAAACAAAAUUCGAGAAACUCUUGGCGAAUAA